UAAGCUCAAACUCUAACCCAAACCUUUCAUCUAUCUUCUGAAUCUAACCCUAACCCAACACAGCACAGCAUUUGCUUCUUUUUUUCUUUCUUUUUCCUCCUCAUUCUUUCAGACCAACUUCAAUUUUCACGCUCUCCAAUUUCACUCUCUCUUCCUUCCAUAAUACCUAACUAGUACUGUUUGGAUAAUUUCAAAACAAGCUCAUCAAAUUGAAGAUUAUUGUAACCUCGCUGCUUCAAAUUUCAUAUCAGAAUUCACCAAUUCAAUUCACCUUCUUCUCCUCAUACAUACCCACUCAUCAGGUUCAGAUAUUCAUCGCUACAUAUAUAUACAAAUAUAGAAAUAGUUAGCAGAAAGGAGAAACAAUGGAUCACGCCCAUUCUCUUCCAACUCCUUUCCACGCAGGAAGAGAUCUGCACCUGCACCACCAACACCAGUUUCAUUCCUUACAACAAAACAACGAAGACGAGCAAAGCGGAAGCAGCGGAGGCCUAAACCUCGCUCACAAAAGAGAACGCGAAGAAAACAACACCACCAACAGCAAUAACAGUGAAGGAAAGGAAGGAGGAGGUGCCGGCUCCGGCGAAACCGAGAUUUCAAGAAGACCACGCGGAAGACCCGCCGGAUCCAAGAACAAGCCCAAACCCCCCAUCAUCAUCACUCGCGACAGCGCCAACGCCCUCAAAACGCACGUCAUGGAAGUCGCCGACGGCUGCGACAUCGUCGACAGCGUCUCCACCUUCGCCCGCCGCCGCCAGAGAGGCGUUUGCAUCAUGAGCGGCACCGGAACCGUCACCAAUGUUACUCUACGCCAACCUGCUUCUUCCGGCGCCGUCGUCACGCUCCACGGAAGGUUCGAGAUCUUGUCCCUCGCCGGAUCCUUCCUCCCGCCUCCGGCGCCUCCCGCCGCUACCGGCUUGACGAUAUACCUGGCUGGAGGACAAGGGCAGGUAGUAGGAGGUAGCGUGGUCGGCGCACUCAUUGCUUCGGGGCCUGUGGUUAUCAUGUCAGCUUCGUUCAGCAACGCUGCGUAUGAGAGACUUCCGUUGGAAGAUGAAGACCCUUCGAUGCCGCUUCAGGGAGGUUCGAUUGGGUCACCCGGCGGUGGCGGCGGCGUGGGACAAGCGCAAACGCCUCAGCAGCUUCUGGGGGAUUCUACUGCUCCUCUCUUUCACGGUUUGAAUCCGAAUCUUCUGAAUUCCGUUCAGAUACCUACGGAAACGUUCUGGGCAACGGGUCCGGGUCGCUCUCCUUACUGACAUGUAACAGUAACAGUAACAGUGUGGAUGGUUGGUGUAAGUGAAACGCUAUCUAUCAAUCGCUGUUGCCUGGUUGAUUUCCUUGAUUAAUGCCUUUUGUUUUUAGCUUUUUUGGUGGGUCGGGUACGUACGUAGCAAGAGAUUCACCAAACUGUCGUGUUACCAAAAGCUAGGGAAUAGUGAUCCUAAGUUGAACCAACGUGCCAUUCAGGUUCCAUUCGAUCGCUUCUUUCGCAGUAUUUGUUUGUCGUUUCGAUUAUUACUUAGGUAUAUGUUCACGUGUAUUUCAGACUGUAAUUAAAUUCAUGGAUGGAUAUGCAUCAUCAUUGCCUACUUUUAUUCUAUUUAUGGAAAAA